AUGAAAAUUAAUAUUAUUAAAGCUUUUGGAAUAUUAUUAUGUAGACUUAAAAAAUAUAAUCCAGUUACUACAGGAGAUAUUAAUAAGUUUGAAUUUCUCUUUUUGAAAGCUUCAUAUGCAGAUAAACAUUGGACACCUCCAAAAGGAUUGCAUGAAAAUAAUGAAAGCGGUUUAGAAACAGCAGUAAGAGAAACAUUGGAAGAAACUGGAAUAAAUAAGGAUAAAUAUAAACUUCUCAAUUAUCAAAAGACUUUAAAAUAUAAUGUGAAAGAUAAACCAAAAGAGACCACGUAUUAUUUGGCUAUGUUGUUAAAUAAUGAGGAAAAUGUAAUUUUAUCUGAUGAACACACGGAUUAUAAAUGGAUUGGAAGCCAUGAAUCAGAUACGUAUAACCUUCCUGAAUCCUUAGCUGAUUUAUUAAAAGAAGCAGAAGAAUUUUUAAAUAAAGAACAACUAUAA